UUGGGCAUAAGGUUUCUCUCAGAUGUACUGGAGGAUCCUCAAUGUAAACUGGAGAUACUGUGGUUGAGAUAUUGUGGUGUCACAGAUGAAGGUUGUGCUGCUCUGACUUCAGCUCUGAGAUCAAACCCCUCACACCUGAGAUAUCUGAAUCUGUCAUGGAAUAAACUAGGAGAUUCAGGUUUGACGUUCAUCUGUUCUGUACUGGAGGAUCCUCACUGUAAACUGGAGAAACUGUGGUUGAUGAAGUGUGGUGUCACAGAUGAAGGUUGUGCUGCUCUGACUUCAGCUCUGAGAUCAAACCCCUCACACCUGAGACAACUGAAUCUGUCAUGGAAUAAACUAGGAGAUUCAGGCUUGACGUUUAUCUGUUCUGUACUGGAGGAUCCUCACUGUAAACUGGAGACACUGUGGUUGAUGAAGUGUGGCGUCACAGAUGAAGGUUGUGCUGCUCUGACUUCAGCUCUGAGAUCAAACCCCUCACAGCUGAGACAACUGGAUCUGUUUGGGAAUAAACUAGGGGAUUCAGGAGUGAAGUUACUCUGAUUUGAAGGAUGAUCCACAUUAUAAACUGGAGACAUUAUACCAUUACCCUCAGUAUUGAGACGUCAGUCCAGUUUCCUCAGGAUCAGC